UUCUCAAUCCUCCCCACUUAUCGUCCCGCGAGCGCCCCCACCAAUCGGGAGCUAGAAGCACCUGUUGCGUACCUACCUGUUUUACUUGCUUCGUAGCUCGCUUCAGUCAGUACGACGCGCGUCGUCCUACGAGACGGAUGGUGUUGUUAACGGGUCGUAUCAACGUCGUUCUUUUUUUUUAAAUAAAGAAAAGAUUGUAUAUAUAUAUAUAUUUAUAUAUAUAUAUAUAUAUUUAUACAUACAUAGUAAUAGAGAAAAGAAAUAGAAAAUAUAUAUUAAAAAGAUAGAAAAAAGAACGACAGUUAUGUCUUCUCGCGUGCUAAUCGGUUGUUAAGAAUCAUUGAAAUAUCAAGUAUUAAUAAAAUCAAGAUAGAGAAACUUAUACUACGGAAAAAUAAAUUAGUGAAUAUAAUUGAGAAGAGUAGAAGAACGUAUCGUGAAUCCCCAACGCAAGUUGGCAGCAAGUCGGUUGGUGGUUGUUGUUGGAUAUGUACGCGGGAAAAAACUGAAUCGCGUACUUUCGCGAGAUAGAAGACGAAGAAGGAGGAAAAAGGGAAGGAGAAGGAGAAGGAGGAGGGAGAGAGAGAGAGAGAGAAAGAGAGAGAAGAGGCCAUGGAGGACAUUGCGUCGCAGGAUAUUAAUGCCUCCUCCUGUUUUGGUACAGGAAGCGUGGCUGGUGCUGUGAUUGGGACAUUUUUAACGACGAUCCUUUUGUCGGCCGUUGCAGCGUUACUUUACAAACAAUGGCGCAGGCACAAGGGUAAACAUUUGGUGUUGGUGACGGAUCCAGAGAUCGUCGAGGAUGCAUAUGCCUUUGACAAUCCUUGUUUCAAAGAUGCCACACCAGCAGUUGGAAGGAUUUCAGCGGAUAGAUCGAUAUCAAUGGUCCCUGAUACUCCUGCUAAGGAUUCGACACGUUGGUCGACACCAUGGACGUCGUUGGGAAUUGGCUCGACCAAUCGUAACGAUAAAAGGAGAACCUUAGAUGACUCGUGCCUUGGUCCAAAAGCUACCAGAGUCAGUGUAGUCAGUUUAAGGAGUCGUGAUUUCACCGGACUUGGAUUCAACGUUUGCGGAAAUAUGAGAGAAGGGAUCUUCGUUAAAGAUCUUCUCCAUCGUGGACCAGCCUCAGAAUCUGGCCGAAUACAUCCUGGUGAUCGGAUAGCAAGCGUGAAAAUUAGCUUCCGUAACAUGGUCUACGAAGAUGCACUGACGAUUUUGAGUUAUGCAUCUCCAUACGACGUUGAAUUGGAAGUAGAGAGCGGUGGUACCGGUUCAAAGCCAGCGACCUUGUUGAAGAAGACCGUAGGUCCUAGUCCAACAAGAAUAUGUCAUCCGCUUUACAGAAGUCAAUCGAUCCCAGAGUUAUCGCAGGCUCACAAGAGUUCAGCCAAGAGAUUGUUCAUAGCCGAUCCUAACGAGUCAGUGGGUUCGAAUUACUCGACGAUGAAUUCGACGUUGAAAUCAUCGAAAUCGACUCCGGGUAGUCAUACUUUGGAGAGACGUCACGACGAAGCAAAAAACAAUCAUCAUAAAUUUGGUAUAAAGGUAUUGCCAGCGCUGGACGGUACCGUUCACCGUAUCGAAAAUCAGAACGAGCAUAACACGAAUUUGGAACGAAGGCAUUCGAAAAAGAUGGACGUUGAGAAACACAUGUCCAGCAGCAGCGGCAGCACGAGCGUUAACGUAACCGACGGAACGUCAGAAAAUCUUAAUAAAGUUCGUUCGGCGGAACCGCAACAGCGUACGGAAAAUUUGUCGAACAUUUUGAAAUCGAACAAGCGAACCUUGGAAAUGAAUGGUAUUGAUGUAUUAGACAAUCCUGAUAAAUCUACGAGCGAAUCGAUAACAAUACCUUCGGAGGUACCUGCCGAAGUUCACAACGCGGCAAUGGCUGCCCGUAGAAACAGGAAAAACAGUUCGGAGUUAUUGAAUUCGCCAAAAGUCUUUUCGCAGGAUUCGAACGACAUCGAGGAUCUUAAAAGUCCUCCAAAAAAUAAGAGAAAAGCACCGGCACCUCCGAAAACUAAUAAUUCCAACAACGAGCCGCCGGACGUUGUUACGCCUGUAAAGAAGAUCGUGUCGCCGUCUAGAUCGCACGAUCUUGAGAAGGAGGACGCAAUCGACAGUAUCGCGGAUUAUACCGAAUCAUUGAGCGAUUAUGUGAACAAGGUUAGGGAUAUUACGGAUGACACGGAAUUACGUAGGCCUAGGCUCGAAAGUCAUAUUGUUCAUAGAAGAAAUUCCGAGUCGGAUACGGACAGCGAGGUUCAGAAUAGUUUUACUACGAUCGAGUUGAAUCCUGCUGAUAUAACGAUUCAUCGUACACCCGUACCUGAGGUGAACGACGACGAGGAAGAUGACGUUUACAGAAAAGCCGCGAGUCUGGGUGAUUUGUCAAAGUACGAGAGCAAAACGUCGACCCCAUUGGAAAGGGCUCAGAGUCUUGAUAUGACUGAUACCGGUGCGAAAAAAAGGAAGGCCCCAUUACCACCGGAGGAUAUAAACGAGUCCACCGAGGAUCUGACCAAGUUGGAUCAGAUUGAUACUUUUGAUAAAUGUAAAUUGAAGAAGUCGAACGAAUGGGGCACUCUGGAGGACGUUCUUUGGACCAAGGAAGAGGAAGAUGAUAGAUCUAAAAAGCCAAGGACACGUAAAAAGAGUAACAGUACUUUGGAGAGAUCAAAGUCAGCCGUAGAAAUAAAACUGAAGGACGAAUUACUCUCCCCGGUAGCUAAUGAAAGAUUGGACGACAUUGAGACUGAUGUUAACGAAACGAGUAUAGAGCUGUACAAUUUGCCUCUGAGCAAACGUCUAACCCAAGAAUUUAUACACGCCGAGAGAAUGUUCAAUCCCGACGAGGAUAAUUCUUUGGCUAGAAUCGUAAACGACGGUAUGGUUGUUAAGAGUCCAACGUUGGAGGAGAUGGAAUUAGAUUUCAGGCAAGCUAAACCAUUGUCGAAUGACGAUGAUGAAGACGAUGCGGCCGUCGUAGUCGAGGAAAAUGAUUAUGAUGAGAGUCCCGUCAACGAGGAUUUCAAUAGAGCCUUGCGUUAUUUCGAGAUGCACGCCAGUAAAUCACCGACCGUUUCUAACGAAUCUACGAAAAUUAAUUUGACGCGUUUGGACGAAUGGAGGGAGGAAAGUUCACGUUUGUCAAACGAUGCGACGUUUUAUGCUGGUAAAAAAGCAGUCAUUGAAGAACCAAUAACGAAGAUUCUCGUUGAUAAAAAAUGUCGUGGUUGCGAGGAAAAAUAUGGACAGCACGAGCACAACUGUAAAAGACAUUCCAUUGAACCUAUUAAGGACAAGAGGUAUCAUAACGAUUCCCAAGAACGUAACAGGCAAUCGACGCUAGAAGACAAGAGCUUCGAAUCCGUUCAUUCUACAAAUGUAAAAGAACUGAGUGGGGUUGGACGAUCUUCCACUCCAACGCAUUCCAAAGUUCACUUUUCCAAAUCCGAAGCAGAGGUCUCGAAGAUGCAAGAACUUAAAUCCAACGAGUUCAAUGCCGAUAACAAGGAACAUUCGGUUUCAACCUUCCACGUGCAUAGAUCGAAAUUCGAAGAGAAGUCCGAUCAACGCGAAAGAUAUUCACCGGUGAAGUCCAAAUCUCCUAUGGAACCACUGCUCGACUCACAGUUUACGAAACGUAAUGUUGGUGUUUCCAAUAACAAAAAACUCGGGCGAGAUGAUGAGAGAGAGGAAGAAGAGGAGGAGGAAGAGGAGGAAGAAGAUGAAUAUGAAUUUGGAUCUAACGUCACUGUCAACAGCAAGAAUCUCUCAUCUCCUAACAACGAUAGACAUAAUAUCAGUAACGUUAGUGUCUCCAGUGGAGAGAACAGUGAAGAUAGUGGACUCGUUAGGGAAUCUAUUGAUUAUAAUUUACAGGAAUCAGAAAGUCGUCCACCUUUACCAAGUACACCGAUGCCGAACAGUCCACAAAAGAUGACGUAUAUUACAGAAAUCAAGGUUUCAGCUAACAGAGACAAUAUUCAUGAUCUUGAUAGUGAAAGCGAAGAUGUACACCCCGUUACGGGGAAUAACGGUGAAGCUAGAAAGUUAACUCAUCAUGAGAUCACUGUAACAUCCAAUGGGAAACCAACGUCUGGAAAAAAACCACCAGUUCCUCCUAGAAGAUCGGACAUAACGAAAAUGGCUAAAGAGGAUAAAACGGAGAAGCAUGUAGUUUAUGUAUCGGAAUAUAAAUCUACGACUGGCAAGGAUUCACAAACAACUGAUAUCAAUCUUGCUGAUGAGAAACAAUCCGAAGCUGCUAAUAAAAAGUUUGAACAUUGGAUCUUCUUAGGUGAUAAUAAGGAUCAAAAUCGAUGGGGCAAUGGUAGUAGUCAGCCACAAUCUGUUACGAAUAUUAUGUUAUCUUCUGGAGAUGAUAAAAUGAUACAUCAGUAGGAAUACAUCUUUGAAAGAGAUGGAUGAGUUUGAAAUUUCUUUUUUGUCUUUUUUAGAUCAUGCAACAAUGAUCAAAGAUUGGAUCAAUGUAAAAGUAUUGUAUAUGUAAGGAAAAAAGUAGUAACAAAUUUGAAAAUAUUAUAUCAAUUAGAUUUUCUUCUAGUGAUUAAAAAAAUCAUUAUUGAUAUGUCGUCUUAUGGUGCCUGUACUCAAAUGUUUAUUUGACAAAAAAAAAAAGAAAAAGGAAAAAAAAAAGGAAAUAUAAGUAUACUCAGGAAUGCGAAUAUCUGAAAGUAAUACUUUAUGAGAACUGAGAACUCUCUGAAUGUCAGAAUAUUGAUAAAUAAUAUUUUAGCACAAUGAAGUAUAUUUUUGUAUUUAAAUAAUAUUGAGUCACGAUAAUAAGAGUCUGCAUUUAUAUGAGUUUCUGUACGAAUGCGUGUAAAGUUUAAUAAUCUCACGUGAGAAUGAUCGGUGAAAAAUAUUUUAUUAUUUUAUUAUUAGAAGUAGAAAUUCUUUCAAAUCAUGAUUAAAAAAAUGCGUGUAGAAAUAGUACUGCUUGUUUAUUGAAAAAAAAAAGAAAAAAAGAAAAACAGAAAAAAAAAUUAAUAACAAUAGGCGGUUUUACAUUUUAUUUUCGAUAGUACUUAGUAUUAAAUAAUUUAAGUCUUUUUCGUUUUAGUUUUUGUUUUAAUAUCAAUGAUAACUUUUAUUUAUUGACUGAUCUGUAAAAGGAAGAUAUAAAGGAAGGAUAUGUUGAGAAAAUAUGUAUAAAAAAUAUUCGGCACACAAAAAAAGACAUGAAAACAAAUGAUAAUGUCAUGUGCCAUAAAUAAUCAUUUAUGUGGCAAUGAAUAAGUAUAUAGCACAGGAGAUAUUAGAAUUUGAAAAGUUAUUUAAAAAAGAUUAAACUGAGAAAAAAAUCAACAGACAAUGUGCACAGAAAAAUUGCACAAAUUGUUUAUAUAAGAUCUUCUGUUAAGUAUUAUUAUAUUAUGUACAUAUAUAUAUUGAUUACAAUUUUAAAUGAAUCUAUUUUUGUAAGAAUUUAAUAACAACAUUUGUAUAAUCAAAUCUUUCGUUUCCUAUAUAUUGCGUAUACAAGUUUUUAUGGUGUGAACAAAGUCAAAUUUUAAGAGAAUGAUCUGUAAGUGAGAUAUUAGUUUGUACAGCUAUUCUUUUCAAUAUUGGUAAUGGGGUUUAUAGUUUAUAAGUUCCAUUAUAUUUUUACUUUGUCACUGAUCAAUUUUAAUGUUUUAUAGAGUUGCAAAAUCAUACGUUCUUUUAUAAUUAAUUUUUUUCUUAAUUAAAAAUAUUUUCUAUUUAGGGAAAGAGAAAAGAUGGAAAAUUUAUCAAAGCAAAAUGUUUUCCAAUUUAAUAUACCAAUUAUAAAAAAGAUAUAUAUUGUAUUAUAUGAUUAGCAACAAAAUAAAAUGAUGUAAAUAAGUGUAAACCAGAAAUGAAAAUAUAUUGCUGCUGUUGAUAUAGUUAUAUAUAGAACGUAACGCGAAGAUAUCGUUAUAUUCUGCAUUUUAAAAUAAAAAGAUAGAUAAUAAUUACAAAUGUAAAGAAAAACGAAAAGAUGUACGCUGUAACAAAUUCUAUCUAUGACUACUCAUUACUUAUUCAGAAAAAGUAAAUACUCAAAAUGUAUAAGAAGAUAAAAAAAAGAGUGUGUUUUAUGUUUGAUUAUAUUUUGUAAAGAUUACUUUCAGAAUAACAAUUGUCAAUAUUUUUUUUUUUUUUUUUUUUUAAUUAAUUACAUCGGU